GCAAGGGAGCCAUGGAGAAAUGUCAUUGCCAUAUUUGCUGGUGUGCUAGGCCUCUGUCCUGUGUUGUAGCCUCACCAUGGAGCAGCUGAGCUUGGCCAACACCCGGUUCGCAGUGGACCUCUUCCGCACCCUGAAGGACAACAACCCCUCUGGGAACAUCUUCAUCUCCCCCAUGAGCAUUUCCUCAGCGCUGGCCAUGGUCUUUCUGGGGGCCAGAGGCACUACCGAGGCACAGAUGUCCAAGACUCUUCACUUCGAUGCCAUUAAGGAGAUUCAUUCAAGUUUUCAGAGCCUGAAUGCUGAUAUCAACAAGCGUGGAGCUCCCUAUAUUCUGAAACUAGCUAAUAGGUUAUAUGGAGAGAAAACCUAUGAGUUCCUCCCUGGAAAAUUCCAGAAUAAUGCAGAUAAUAAUGUGAGUGACUUGGUUUUUUCAACUGUUCAGAAAGACACAAAAACAGUGAAAAUGAUGUAUCAGAAGAGCACAUUUCCAUUUGGCUACAUCGAGGACCUUAAGUGCCGGGUGCUGGAGCUGCCUUACCAAGGCUGGGACCUCAGCAUGGUCAUCCUGCUGCCAGAUGACAUCGAGGACGAGGCCACAGGUCUGAAGAAGGUAACGGCUCCCACACUCAUGCUUCAUGUUUCCUUCUAACAGAUCGGUUCAGAC